AUGAGUAAUAACUUAGAGAGUUUGAGGUCCCGGAUUAUGGAGAACAUUAAUAGCAAAAAAGAUGGAGAAAAGAAGGUUCCAACUGGGCCUAGAGGUUCUAUGGAAACAGUUGAAAGACAACCUGCGAAAGGUGAAAAUAUUUCAGAAAUAGUGCGGCAUGAGAGUAAUGGGGGCACAUAUUUAGAGGUAGAUCCGCGCCGGGGGAAUAGUCGUAUGGAUUUGAGGGUUGGUGGGGGAGCUGCCAAUGGUGGGAGACGAAAUGCGCAACAGACUGCUUCUAAUAGUGUGCCACUUGGGGCACCAAGUCGGUUUGGUAGUCAAGGAGCAGGUUAUUUUAAUAACUUAGAAUCGAGGCGUAAUAUCUCAAUACAACCUGAUGAUAUGCCGCGCUCGGAGGCAUUACAGUAUGAUUCUAGGAGGAGUAAUAACAGAUUUGGGAGUCGUUAUGCGAGCAGGUUUGAAGGCUCCGCUCGAGGUAGGAGACAGCAGCCGACUAACGGCGGCAGAAGUUUCAACAGCAAUGGGCCUAGAUAUCAAGGUAAUGACGGAGGUGCACGGAUACAGAGUCGGAACAUGCCGAGAAACUCAUGGUCAGGAACUAACUCAUCGUAUGUACGGGAUUGGUCGCCGGAUGACAGAAAUAUUGAUUGGACCAAGAUUGUCUCGAUUGAUGAGCGUGUUCGUUCAAGGCCUUCUCGGUGGGACAUUACACCUAAGGGAUUUGAUAAGGUCCCUGCAGAGAGAGCGAAGCUUUCUGGUCUAUUUCCUUUACCUGGCCAACCGCAGGAGCUAGAUCGUGCAACACUUGAAGGAAUAGUCGAGAAGGGCGCGCUUAAUAGAAGAACUAAGAUCUUAUUCGAGGAUCCUACAAAACAAAAUUUAGUGCAAUGCAAAUUAAACAGAACGAUAAUAAUUACAUCUACGGUUCUUGAAUUCUCAGAACAAGAACUUGUCGCCAAAGUUAUUGCCAAUUUUCUAACGCGAGUCACUUUAGAAGGUAAACAUGAAGUUGUCUUAUGGAGGGCGCAAAGCAAUCGUUUGAUAUUAGAGCUCAGCACAGAAGAGACUACAACUGUAGUGCUAUCAUCCCAAAAAUAUCUGGAAAAAGAGCUGGACCAAAAGUUUAUAUGGCAGAGGCCGGGGGAAUACGUUUGCAGAGAGGACAUACAAGAACCAAUAUGCGCGCACAAUCUGAUAGUUAUCCCUGAGAUUGCCGUCGAGGAAAUUAGUGCAGUUCCUGAAUGGCUGCAGCAGCAAGGCAUCAAAUAUACCUGGCUACACUGCCUGGAGCUGGCGCCAGAGAAUGCCAAUGCAGAUGACAAAAUUUUCACAAAAGUUGUACUAUACAACCCUGCUAACGAUGGCCAAUCCAGUAAUUCUGUACCAGGUAGCGAUAUUUUGAAACCAAAUGAAACACAACUCAUACAAAAUUUCUCUAACAUAUCGUACCAGACGUUCUCAAAAAUCGUCGCAGUGCAGACCCACAAGCCGUCCAAGGUGGUUUGCUUAUUAAAUGCGGUCGACCCCGUCGACCUGAAGAAUGAAAAAUGUUACCAAGAAAUUUAUGAGGCCAUGAUGUUUGGAUCUCCCGUAGUGAACUGUGGUGCUGUUGAAAGCAUUAAAAUCCCAGUACCAAGUGCGGACUUCAGGAACAACUUCGAUAGUGUGCCCUUACAGAUUGGGAAGAUAUUCAUAAAAUUCAAAGAAAUGGACGGCGCGGAACGUGCGAUGCUAACCUUAGCAGGAAUGCGUUUCGGUGAACGAACUAUUCUAUGUAGUUACUUUAGUGAACGUGACUUCGACUUGGGUCUUUUCUAA